ACCAGAAGAAACUCCGGUGAAGUGAAGUCGGCGGCGGCUCCGCGCGGAGGCUCAGUCGGCGCGCGCACAGCAUCUCCCUCGGCCGCUUCCUCCUCUUCCUCUCCUCCACCACCACCACCACCACCACCACCACAACAACAACAACAACAAGACGUUGUCCUACUUCUCUCUAUUGGAGCCACGUUCGCGCAUGACGCCAGCAUGACGUUCCGGAGGCUGAAGAAGGUCCACUCCAGCGCGCCGGCGGCGGCGCAGGACCACGACGUGUACUUCGCCUCGUCCAAGUCGGACAGCUGCCGCACCGCGGACGCGCCGAGCCACUCGUCCGACGUGUACGACUACAAGACCCUGGCGUACUCGGGCGGGACGCUGCCCAGGAACCUGAAGAAGGGCGGCGGGCUGCAGAAGUGGAAACCCCUGACGCUCACGCCAGAGCCACAAAGGAAGUUGGUGGUGCUGGAGAAAAACGAAGAGGAGACGUUUGGUUUCGAGAUCCAGACUUACGGCCUCCACCAUCAGGACCAGAACUCGGUGGAGAUGUGUACGUUCGUGUGCAAGGUGCACGGCGAGAGCCCGGCGCUGCAGGCUGGACUCAGAGUUGGGGACACCAUCGCAAGUGUGAACGAGGCGUCCGUGGAGGGAUUUCGGCACAAAGAUAUUGUUCAGCUCAUCAGGGCCUGCGGCAACACACUCAGGCUGGAGACGGUUUACAGCGACUCGAUCCGGAAAGCGGAGCUGGAGGCGCGGCUGCAGUAUCUGAAGCAAACUCUUCACGAGAAAUGGGACGAAUACCGGUCGCUGAUGGUGCAAGAGCAGCGGCUCGUUCACGGUAUAGUGAUGAGCGACGCUGCGGUGUACGAGUCCCUGGAGUCGGCGGGCGUGUACGGCAGCCUCGGCGCCCCCAGCCCCGCCGCCCAGCGAGCGCUCCGCGGCACGGGCAGCACCAGCAGCAGCGCCAGCUUCCUCAGCAUGGCCACGGAGGACGACCCGCUCUACCAGACCUGCCUGUACCAGGUGGACGGCGGCGCGGACUCGGACCACGGCACCGCCGCCGACAAAAAGAAGAAGGAAACGACGCAGCAGGCGCCGAGGCUGCAGCGUCUGCGACCGGCCAGCGAGCUCUUCACGGCGGCCAAGACGCAGCUGACCCGCAGCGCCAGCACGCGCAGCUACAUCAGGGGGUCGUCGUCGGGGUCGUCGCCCGGCCCGGGCGAGAAGCAGGGCGGGUUCAACUCGCUGCAGAGGAAGCCCAAACAGAAGAGCUUCCGCAGGCGCCUCCUCAAAUUCAUCCCCGGCCUGAACCGACCGCUGGAGGAGGAGGAGAGCAAACUGUGAGCGGCAAACUUGGCCGUGAGCAGACCCGGAGACUCGAAGCACCGGAGACGAACUAGUCGGAGCUAAACUGCCAAAGAAAACUGAGCGAGAGUCGCAGAAAUGGAGACCAGAGGUUUGAAGGGCUCUGCAGUUUCAGUUUCCCAGCUGUACAUAACUUUGUUUUUUUUUAAGUUAUUUAUUUAUUUCCACGUUUUUGCUUCAUGUACAGAAUGAAGAAUCUUUUCAGUUUUUACUGCAUGCGAGACUUUUUAUUUGGAUAUCUGAAUAAAACGCCCUGUUCUGAA